AUGUCCAUCACCGUCGACAAGAUCCUCGCUGCGGCCCCCGUCACGUCGAGGGGCCAGCCCACGCAGCUCUCCGUCGACGCCAAAGGAGAGCGUAUAGCCUACGCCUCCGGCAAGUCCAUCUUCCUCCGAUCCAUCGACGACCCCUCCUCCUGCAAGCAGUACACAGGCCACACCGCUGCCACCUCCAUUGCCCGCUUCUCUCCCUCAGGCUUCUACGUCGCAUCGGGCGACGUUUCAGGCACCGUCCGCGUCUGGGAUGCUGUCGAGGCCGUCAAUACCAAGGGCGACCAGCGCAUCAUUGCCGUUGGCGACGGCCGUGAGCGCUUCGGCCAUUGCAUUACCGCCGACAGUGGCAACAGCGUCGGCGAGGUCACGGGCCACAGCAAGCCUGUCAAUGCCGUCUCCCUACGCCAACAGAGGCCCUUCCGCGCCGCCACCGUCAGCGACGAUGGGAGUAUGUGCUUCCUGCACGGCGCCCCCUUCAAGUUCGCCGGCAAGGCCAACCUGCACAAAGGCUUCGUCUUCGGUACCGCCUUCAGCCCCGACGGGUCGACCCUUGCCACCGUCGGCGCCGACAGGAGGAUCCAGCUCUACGACGGCAAGACGGGCGAGCCUACAAAGAACAUCGGAGAGGGUGUGCACACAGGCAGCAUCUUCGCCGUGAGCUGGGCCAAGGACUCCAAGAGGCUCGUCACGGCCAGCGCAGACCAGACCGUGAGGGUGUGGGAUGUCGACUCCGGCGAGAACACUCACACGUGGAAGCUGGGCCAGGAGGGGGCAGUUAAUGUCGGCGACCAGCAGGUCGGCGUGGCCUGGGCGCGUGAUGGGCUGAUCAUCAGCCUGAACCUGGAUGGCGACCUGAACUACCUGGAAGUGGGCAGUGCAGCGCCGACAAGGACUGUGCAGGGCCACAACAAGAGCAUCACGGCAAUAGGGGCAGGUUCGGACGGCCAAGGCAAGGACGUAUACACGGGCAGCUUCGACGGCCGGAUCUGCCACUGGGACGUCGAGAAGGGCCUCGCAACUGUGGUAGACGGGCAGACACACACCAAUCAGGUCACGCAAUUCAUCUCCAUCUCUGGACAGGCCUACAGCGUCGGCUGGGACGACACACUACGGAUCGUCGACGAGUCUGCAAAGACGUUCGCAGGCGCCUCGACCAAACUACAGGCACAGCCAAAGGGCGUAGGCGCAUCAGAAGGCCGUGUCGUCGUCGCGACCGCUGCGGGCAUCGCCGUCUAUUCCAAGGACCAGCUCGUUGGCGAGCUCAGCACAAGCUACACACCGACGUCCCUCGCGUCAUCCGGUCCCACGGUCGCUGUUGGUGACGGCAACGAUGUGCGCAUCUACACCCUUGACCCCUCCCACAAGCUGUCCGAGGUCACCAUCCUCAAGAAGUCCACGGCAUCCAUCUCGACCCUCGCCUUCUCCAAGGACGGCGCGUACCUCGCCGCCGGCAACUCGCAGGGCAAGAUCUUUGCCUUCAAGUCAAGCGACUGGAGCGUCGCCGCGGAUCGGUGGUCCGCCCACACCGCGCGGGUGAUGAGCAUCGCGUGGAACGACGCCGGCACCCACGCCGCCAGCGGCGCCCUCGACACGCACGUCUACGUCUGGAGCCUGGAGAAGCCCGCCAGCCGCGUCAAGGCGCUGAAUGCGCACAAGGACGGUGUUAACGGGGUCGCGUGGGUUACCGGGUCGACCAAGGUCGCGAGCACGGGCGGGGACGCCUCGGUCAAGAUCUGGAGCGUGUCGGGGCUGCAGUGA